UAUUGUGCAAGGCAAGCACAAGCAUUUCAGGACUGAGAAUGGCUUCCUCUGAGGAUCUGAGAGAACCAGAAGAUGAGAAAGUGGAUGUAAUGAACAUUCAAGAGUGUAAUCCAUUGGAGAUGGAAAAAUCAAUGUAUUUUGUAAAUGCGGACUUUCAUCAACUUGCUGCUAAAAAUAAUGCGAAAUAUGCAGCCAUACGCCAGCAGUUGGGGAACAGCUACAAUGCAUUCAUGAGAAGUGAAACCAGGAGGCUGAAAUCUUUCCACUCAUAUAUAAAACUUUCAUCAUGGUGUCCAAAGUUGAUGGCCAACGCAGGAUUUUAUUUCACUGGAGUGGAGCACAGUGUCCAGUGCUUCUGCUGUGGCCUUGUUUUCUGUACAACGAGCCUACGAACCCCUCCGUAUGAAGAUCAUGUGAAACACAAUCCUACAUGCAUGUUCAUUCAAGGCAAAGAUGUUGGCAACAUCCCCAAGUAUGAAGUGCGUGUUCAACAGUCAGAGACUGAUGGCACAAAUCUACAGCCCACUGCUCAGUUCACAACAGAGGAAUCAAGGCAAACAACCUUUUCUGGCUGGCCUUUCUAUGCCAGGACUCAACCAGCUGAACUUGCCAGAGCAGGAUUCUGCUUUACUGGGCUCAGGGACACUGUGCAGUGCUUCUCAUGUGGAGGGUGCCUGGGAAACUGGGAAGAGGAGGAUGACCCCUGGAAAGAACAUACAAAGUGGUUUCCUGAGUGCAAUUUUCUUGGUAGUAAGAAAACCCAAGUUGAAAUAAAGCAAUAUAUUAAAUCUUACGAUGGAUUCUCUGGAUUUAUGGGCAAACAUUUCACGACAGUUCUCGGUGAGAAGAUUUUACCCAUGGAGACACGGGUUGUCCACCUCAACAUCUUCCAAGAUGAAGACGUACGUCUGGAUUCAUUUAAGAAAUGGCCUGAAAAUGCCCAUGCAAUGCCUGCUGACCUUGCUCAAACUGGUUUUUACUACACAGGAGUAGCUGAUGCUGUUAAGUGUUUUAUAUGUGGAAUAGGCCUUACUGGUUUUGAACCAGGGGAGGAUCCUUAUACAGAACAUUUGAGACACAGCUCUUCGUGUGAGUUUUUACGUAACCUGGCACAAAGUAAAUCUAGAGAGGUGGAAAAUGAAAAACAUAAGAAGAAUCUUCAAACUCAGUUUUGUGUCUCAGAAAUACAGAAACCCAGCCUGAACAAUGAAAGAUAUGGCACAGACAUUUCCAGUGAUUGUUGGGUUCAAGAAGCAGCAAACCUAAAGCACCAGUUGAUGGAGUUUUACAAUAGCUGGAACUUCAGUAAACUGUCAUCAUUUCCUGAUUCCUCCCAUCUUUCCAUAGACCUGAAAUCCCUCUUUGCAGAUAUAUCUGUGGUCUUGAAGGACACCAGGAAUCAGCCAGUUCGGCAGCUGACAUUACCUGAUAUACUGUCCAUUCUGAGUGAUAUCACCAUGAUAGAAGGUGAGGCUGGCAGUGGGAAAACAGCUCUGCUCCGAAAAAUAGCCAUUCUCUGGGCCUCAGGAACCUGUUCCAUACUCAGCCGGUUCAGCCUUGUCUUUUAUAUCUCAGUUUCCUCCACUGAAAACCAACAAACAUUAAGUGACAUAAUCAGAGAACAACUGGUUGGAUCCACGACAUUGCUUAAUGAAAAUGUUAUGAAAGAAAUUAUAAGACAUUUAGGAAACCAAGUCCUGUUUCUUGUGGAUGACUAUGGUGAAACAGAAUUGGCUCCUGAAGCCAUAGAGGACCUUAUGCUAAAUAAUCCUGCCAACAGAGUGAGUGUUGCAGCCACCACAUGUACUGGCACGGGCAGGAAACUGCGGAAAUAUGCAAGGAAUGUAAUUGGCAUUCAAGAAUUCCCGUUGUACAGCUCAAUAUAUCUUUAUAGGCAGCUUUUUUCACAUGACAUGGCAUUUGUGGAGACGUUUUUAUUGGAGUUAAUAUCUUCAAAAGCAUUGCAAGCUGCAUUAAAGACCCCUCUUUUUGCGUUUGCUCUUUGUGUUUACUGGGUAGAGAACCCUAACGAAAAAGUAUCGGGGGAUACUGUGAUUUGCAAAGCCUAUCUAAUGCACAAUAUGUUAAAUCAUCCCAAAGAAAGAGACAGAGUAAAAGCUCUGAUCUCAUCAUGCGGGCAAUUGGCCCUGAAUGGUCUCUUCCAGUCUUGCUUUGAGUUUACGGAUGGAGAUCUCUGUACAUCUGGUGUAAACAGCAAUGAUGCUCUCAAAUUUGGUCUUCUGAGUAAGUUAACCUCCCAGAGACUUCAUCCCAUCUACAAGUUCUUUCACCCAUCUUUUCAGGAGUUUCUUGCUGGAAUAAGGAUCAGUGAGCUCCUGGAGUCUACUGAUUCAGUUCAAGUAGAACAUGCUACAUUAUAUCUCCGUCAAAUUAAUACCUUCAUUAAAAUUGCUGGACGUUAUCAUUAUUUUUUAAAGUACUCGUGCAUGCAUUCUCCCAAAACAACAUCCAUUAUUAUUUCCUACCUGUUUGAUUUAAUGAAUAACAGUGAUGCGUAUGACUGUCAAGUAGACACAACCAAUCAUUUGCAACAUCACCCUGAUCUUGCAAACAUAGAAGAAAUUAUAAGCUUACUAAGUAGCAACAAACAACAUUUUCUCCUUUCGUUUGUAUUUGACAUGCUAUUGUAUUUCUCUAUUAAAGUAGCACAAGAAAGCAAUUCGAUGACUGAAUGUGCUCCCGUCAUCUUGCGUUUCCUUAGUGGACAAGAUCUCUCUAUGGAUUUAACUUCACCAAAUGUGGAGCUAUGUAGAUUUCUGAAGCAAUAUCCAGAAGCUUUCUCAAUGAUUAGGAGCCUCACGCUAUCUGUAUCUGGAACUGAAUGUGAAUCAGAUCUGGAUUUUGUAAAUAACGAUGACUUUGCAUCUCACUGGGCUGUUCAAACGGUUGACCAAGAAUAUUCUCAAGCUUUCCAAUUAGUUUCAGAAGUCGUUCAGAAAACCACUCCUAAGAACUAUCUUCUUAGGAAAAAUGUGGACCUUUCCAAUUUUGUUUUCAACCUAGGAACUUCUAAAAGUCCUGUUUUAAAGAUUGAGGUUAGCGGCCACAUCUUAGAUCGGGGCACUUUACUUUGCAAUCUAAUGAUUUUCUUGUCUCUUUCUGACCGCAUAGAACUGUGCGUAAAGUGCUGUCCAGGGUUUUUUGCAUCUGUCAGGAUGUGCAUUGAGAAAUAUGUUGACAAAUUUGUAAAGUGCAGUAUUUGUAAGGUAGGACUAAGCACAGAAGAGGAAAAGCUGAUUACCCAGAUGUCAUCACUGGAAAUUCUUGAAGUAACUGGCUCUCAUCUUCCAGAAUAUUUAAUUUCACAUUUGGAUAGAUUCCAGGAACUAAAGGAACUGAUACUAACCUGUCGUUUAUCUGACGAAUGGAAUGUGAUUGAUAUUUUGCCAGAUGGUUUUAAAAAACUCCAACAUAUAAAAAAAAUAGAGCUAAACAAUGUGAAUCUGAGAACACAUUCUUUGCAGUUUGCUGAGGUCAUUGAACACUUCUCAAACCUGUCGUGUUUCGUCCUGAGCUGUGACUGCUGUCCGGAAUUUGAAAAGCUGAUUAAAACAUUGUCACAGAAUAGACAAAUAAAAAAAAUACACCUUUCUGGACUAUUUAUAACAAACAAGGAAAUGUUAGAUUUGGCUGCUGUGUUGCCAUCACUUAUGGAUCUUGUCGUUUUGAAAAUCGAAGGAAAUCGUUGUGUGGACUCUGGUGGCCUAAACGCUUUGGCUCAAGCACUACCAUCUCUGGUGAAUCUGGAAGAACUGUAUCUGCCCAGUGGUCCAGCCAUGAAGGAAUCUGCAAUAUUUAUCAUCAGGCAGUUCAAGCAUCUACCGAACCUUAAAAACAUUUAUCUUACCAAUAAUGUUUUGGAUGACAGCAGCUUGAUGGCAUUAGCUCACGAGACAAAAGAAGGCAAUUUAAGCAAUCUCAGCAUGCUAAACUCUGUAAACCAUGAUAUCACACAAGCUGGAUGGAGGGACUUCUUUCUAACAAUAGACAACUUGGCAAGCUUGACAGAACUGUGCAUUGCCAGGGUGUAUGCCCAUCAGUUUAAAACAGACCCGUCAACUCUGAUUGCUUUAGUGCAAUGUGUUUCCCGGCUUCACCGCCUUAAUAAGCUGAUCAUGCAUGGAUGGUUAUUGGAUGAAAAAGAUCUUGAGAUGUUUAAUGCAAUGAAACAAAAGCAUCCUCAGUCAAAAAGCUUCAUGCUUCUGUGGCAAUGGAUAUUACCGUUCCGUCCUAUUGUGAAUGAGUAAUCAUUUAUCAUAAAGGUUAUGUCUUAAUAUUAAACAUCAUACAUCAUGUA